AUGGGGGCGGGUUCGAAGAGGCGGGCCACCGGGGCUCAAAACCCUAGCCUCGAGUCCGACGAGGAGGAGGCGCGGCGGGUCAAGGAGGAGCUUGCCGACGACCUCAACGGAUACCCUGCGGAGGAGGAGGAGGAGGAGGAGGACGAGGUUGUCGUGGAGGACGAUGAGGUGGUCAUCCCCUCCGACGACGAGGAGGACGGUGGCGGCGGGGACAUCGUCUUCGUCCCCAACACGCUGGAGGAGGCCCUCGUGCCGCGGGUGGGCAUGGUGUUCGACUCUGUCGACGAGGCCUUCGCGCUAUACAAGGCCUACGCCUACCGCACGGGGUUCCAUGCCGUGCGCCGCACUUGCCACAACUACGAGGGGCAACGCUACCGCUCCACCUUCACCUGCACUUACGGCGGCAAAUCUGGGACGGGCGCUGCCCCAUCUGACGUCACAGGUACCCGCUACCCACUCCGCAGCAAGCGGGGGUCGGCUACCAAGGAGAAGAAGUCUCACCGUGGCACCACCACCGAGAAGACGGGAUGUAAGGCGAUGCUGAUCAUCCGGGACAAGCGGGUGGAUGGAAGGUGGAAGGUGGAGUCUGUCGAAUUGGAGCAUAACCAUCCUUGUACUCCAGAUAUGGUGAGGUUCUUAAAGGCGUACAGGGAGAUGCCUGAGUCAGCAAAGAAGAAGGCCAAGAUUACCGAUGAGAUGGAUGAGAUGGUGGAGAAGUCGCUGAGCGAGAUUGCUGAGACAAGGAAGUUCCCGACACGACCCAAGAGGGGUGCUAGCGUUGGGGCUGCUGUUGGUAGCCAGAGGUUUAGUAGGCUCGAGAGUUUUGUGCAGCGUUUUGGGGAGGAUGACCUCAAUUUACUCAAGAAGUUCAUUGAGAAGAUGCAACACAGGAAACCGAACUUUAUCCACAGCUGGGAUCUUGAUCGGGAAAGUCAUGUGAAGAAUUUCUUUUGGACUGAUUCUAGGGCCCAGGCGCAAUACCGCUACUUUGGCGAUGUCAUUACACUUGACGUGAUGUAUUUACAGCACUCACGCGCCAGCCUCCCAUUAGCCACACUCCUUGGGGUGAACAACCAUGGCCACCUUGUGCUUCUUGGCUGUGGUCUCCUGUCCGGCGACAGCAGGGAGAACUAUGUUUGGUUGUUGAAGAGGUGGUUGAGCUGUAUGAAUGGCAAAUCGCCAGAAGCGAUCACAACCGGCUAUUCAGAUGUCAUCGCAGAGGCCGUGGCUGAGGUGUUUCCAAAUGCAAGGCACCGCUUCUGCUUUUGGCAUAUCUUGAAGAAGCUACUUGAAAACGUGGGACGCACACAUGAGAAAGAGGCAAUUUCCUCAAGGUUCAAGGAGGUUGUAUAUGAUAGCGUCACUCUUACCGACUUUGAAAAAGAGUGGGGAGCAAUGGUCGACCACUAUAAUCUCAAAGACAACGAGUGGUUCUCUGCUUUGUACAGCUGUCGGAAGCAGUGGGCACCUGGGUAUGUCAAUCAUUCAUUCUGGGCUGGCACCUCUGCUAUCAGGAAGGCUGAAAAAACUGAUCCAUACUUUGAUAGUGUUGUGAGUAAAACCACCCUUUCAGUUUUCCUUGAGCAAUAUGAGACUACUCUGAAAGAGAAGUUGGAAAGGGAAGCAUAUGAUGAUUUGCGCUCAUACUAUUCUAGACUCAUUUUGUUGUCGGGAUUGCCCUUUGAGGAGCAGCUUGUGGAGCUCUACACAGUAACCAUGUUUCAAACGUUCCAAGAUGAGAUUAAGCAAUUGAUGCAUGUUAUUUGUAAAGAGGUAGACAGAAGUGGGAACUCAAUUACUUACAUGGUCAGUGAGUUAAUACAGGGAAAGAAGGUUGACUAUACAGUUGUUUACGACAAUUCUGACAAGGAUGUUUGGUGCAUUUGUCGCUCCUUUCCCUCGAGGGGUAUUCUUUGCAGCCAUGCUCUGGCUGUUCUGAAGCAAGAGAAUGUACUGAUGCUGCCGUCAAAGUACAUCCUGAACCGCUGGAGGAAGGAUUUUAGGAUACUUAAUUCAUCUGCAAAUGCUAAUUUUAUGGAAUCAGAUAGGAAUCUGGGUAUUUAUGAUGACCUCUAUUUUCGUGGCCAUGAGUAUUUUGAAGAUGUCAUUGACAUUGGAGCAAGAGAACCUGAGCUGAAGGAGUUUGUGUUGUCAGCCAUGAAGGAAGCAAAGGACAGACUGAUUAGGCCUGAUCACAGCCAGCAAGUUGAUCAACGGGUUGAUGUAAAUAUGACUGUGACUGGUCAGGUGUCUGCAGAUACAAGAGUUGAUAUGAACAUGGCAUCACACACCUCAGCUCUGAUUCAGGGGGAUAGAAGGGUUGAUGUGGACAUAGCACCAAAUGCGCCAGCCUUAGUCCAUGGUGAUACCACGACAUCAAAUGCCACUGCCCUGAUUCAUAGGGACAGAAGAGUAGAGAUGAAAAUGCCUACAACUCACCUUAUUCAUGGAGAGGGAAGACUUGACAUGAACAUGGCAUCUCCUCACUUGAUGCAGAGGGAAAGGAGAGUGGACAUGAACAUGGCGUCACCUCACCUGAUACAGGGGGACAGAAGAGUUGAUAUGAACUUGGCAUCACCCCAUUUUAUACACAGUGACAGAAGAGUUGAUAUGAACCUGGCAUCGCCGCAUUUGAUACAUGUGGACAGAAGGGUUGAUAUGAACAUGGCAUCCCCUCACCUGAUGCAGGGCGACGCCAGAGUGGAUAUGAAUAUGGUAUCAACUUCUCAGAAUGGGAUGCACACUUUUGAUUUGGUGAAUAUAAACCUGGAGAGUGGCUCUUUGCCGAUGGCCGCAACAGAUUUUAUGCAAAUGCAUCCACACCCAGCAGUUUACCAUCCCAAACAACUUCUUGAUAUGAGAGAUCAGGUGAUGGAUGCAAAUAAGAGACCAAAUAUGGAAACUAACACUUAUUUUAUAGGAGGUGGCAUGCAUGUGGGGUAA